AUUGAGGGCUUCCACUAUUUUAAAGUAGUAAACUGGGCUGGGAUUUCUAUGGUUUGGGAGCAGAAAGCUAAUGAUCAGAGCAUUGUCUUCUUCAAAUAGGGUGCUAUGAAAUGGUCUCCACUAUGAUACCAGCAUCUAGUGGCCACAACAUAUGAAUGACAAACUUUGGUUCAGGACUCCAGCACUGCAGCUGGGUGAGUUGGGCAAAGGUGCAGGGAAAGGAGGUGGCGGCGGAGGAUCUGUCAGAGAGGCAGGAGGAGCCCUCGGAAAGAAACAGGCAGCAGAGGAGGAAAUGUACUUCCGGCGUAAAGAGCAAGAACAGUUGGCUGCACUAAAGCAGCAUCACCAAGAGGAGAUUGACCACCACAAGAAGGAGAUUUCGAGGCUGCAGAGUGAGAUUGACCGUCACAAGGGAAAAAUUAGGAAACUGAAGCAUGAUGACUGAGACUCACUCCGUUAGAAUAAAGGCCAGGGAUUCUCUAUGGCCAAAUCCUAGUCAUCGCCUGCACUGUCUCUGGGCAGCUCUGUGUAUAUGUGAUUGAUUGUUCUGUAUAUGCUUGAGGUUAUUAAACAUUUAUUUGAAAUGGUUA